ACUGUACAACUAUCCAACAAUAUCAUCCUUCCUUGCCAAGUGGUGUGUAUGAAAUGAUACUAUGGCAGUCACUUCAGUUGCUAUAUGUGUACUGUGACAUGGACACUGAUGGCGGGGGUUGGACGGUUUUUCAAAAUCGCUUCGAUGGCUCUGUAGACUUUUACAGAAAUUCAGCAGAAUAUGAAAGAGGAUUUGGUAAUCUGGAGAAGGAGUUUUGGCUAGGUCUCGCGUUUGUGCAGGAAAUGACAUCUCAAGGUAAAACUGAGUUAAGAGUGGAUCUUACGGCAGCUGAUGGGACUACCGCUUACGACACAUUCCAGAAUUUCUACCUCAGCGAAGGCCCGAAUUAUAGUCUUCACUUCGAGGCUGGAACGUAUACAGGAUGGAAAAGUAUGCUGUACCAUAAUGGUGUACCUUUUACAACUUACGAUGCUGACCGCGACGCAUAUGAUGAAAACUGCACUGUAAAAGACCGUGGUGGUUGGUGGUACAGUCAGUGCGCCGACGCAAAUCUAAAUGGAGAGUUUGUAACACCUGGAACAGAGAGGUCAGGAAGACCUGAAGCGGGAAUGGUCUACAAAUCAUUCAAAGGAACUGAAUCGCUAAAGGCCUCGAAGAUGAUGUCUCGGCGCGUUUCACGUCAAGAUUAAUACAUGACUGAUAUUUCAUUUAAUUAAAGCUAUUUACGGCGUAAAUAUACAUGAACUAUACAUAACGUCUAACAGUGAACUGAUUAGCCUUUUUUCAGUUUUUGAUGUGACGAUGUAGAAGAGUUCUACUGAAGAUUUCACGGACAUGAACAUUUAUUCCUCGCAUCAGUCGUAGAAAUAAGAAUCAGCAGAUGGUCUGUCCAUAACGGUAGUUUUGAUUUAAAACUGGCCGUCUUAAAUAUGCGUCUUACAUAAAAUACGUCUUAAUGAAAGUUGAAUAUUUAUUUAGAACUAUUGAAGUACUUUUUAUUACAAAAUAAAUUCUUGGUUAUAGUAAGCUCAACACUAUUUGAAUCCCGGACUGCAAGAAAUGUCAGAGCCUCAUUUUGGUCAUUGUUA